UGCCGAGGGGAUGCUUCGAAGUGGGCAGUGCAUCUUCCGUACGCACUUUGGGCAGACAGGUCCACUGUGAGGAGGUCGACCGGCUUCUCUCCGUUCUACAUGAUGUUCGGGCAAGAGCCUGUGCUUCCGAUCGAUUGGGAGGAGAGUACUAUGCUUAUCAGCAACUGGGAAAAUGUCAAGGACACCUCAGAUUUGAUCGAGGCUAGGAUGGUGCAGUUGGAGAGGAAGCAGGAGGACUUACAGCUGGCAAGAGUCAGAGCUCAGAAGUCUAGGCAGGCGAGCAUCGAGCAUGCCAAUCAAGCUCGUGAGCUGAGGCAUCGAGGUCGAGACUUCAAGAUUGGGGAGUUGGUACUCGUUCGCAACAAUCAGCAGGACAAUGGUCAGACGAUCAGAAGUUUGGAUAGAUGGAGGGGACCUUUCCGGAUUGCGGAUAUAUCGGAUAUAUCGGAUAGGGGAUCGAUGAAGCUUGCCGAGCUGGAUGGGACCCUGCUUCGAGAGAAGGUUGGUCACAACCGCAUUCGGAGGUUCUACACUCGU